CUCGUGUCUCCUCCCCAAAGCUGGAAAGUGUUGUGCAUCCACCACCUGCAUCUGCCUCUCAACACUCUCCUCUGACACUCUCCCUUCCGACAGUGCUGGAAGGUCACCUUUGAUCACAGCUCAUUCGUUUGCUGCUGUUCUUGCUUCUUGGAAAUUCCUUGCCAGACUGUCGUUUCCCGCGUUUAAUUGUCACCAAAGCAUUCCGCUUUCUGCAAGUGCUGCGUCGAACGCGUGUGCAUCUUGCCACUUUGACGACUACCAACUUUCACAUCAGCUCUUGUGGCGAUAAUUUGUGCUUUGGAUCAGGCCUCCUCAUCAUUCAGACCAUCAUAUUUGCUACCAUCAACAUCGAUAUCUCAAAAUGAAGUUCUCAAUCGCGUCUUCGCUAUUGGUUGCUACCAACUUCCUUUCUCACUUCGCCCAUGCGAUUCCGACCAUUCAAGCCAAGGGUGCCAAAUUUUUUACCAGCGAUGGAAAGCAGUUUUACAUCAAAGGAAUCGCUUAUCAACUUACCAACGAUGACCCCCUGGCCGAUGGUGACCAAUGUCAAUUGGACGUGAACCUUAUGAAGACUUUGGGCACCAACGCGAUCCGCGUCUACCACGUCGACCCUGCUGCGAAUCACGAUGUUUGCAUGAACGCCCUUGCUGAUGCCGGCAUCUAUGUCUUCUUGGAUGUUGACACCUUCGACACCUACAUCAUUGGCAAAAGUCCCUCCUGGACCGAGUCUCAAUUCAACAGCUAUUCAGCUGUCAUCGACACCUUCCACAAGUACGACAACGUCGCUGGUUUCUUUGUUGGCAACGAGAUCAUGAACUCGGGCCCCGAGAGCAUUGCUGCCCCUUACGUCAAGGCUGCUGCCCGUGACCUCAAGGCCUAUAGCGCUAAGAAGGGCUACCGCAAGAUCCCGAUCGGUUAUUCUGCCUCUGACAUUCCUGAUCUUCGGCCGAAUCUUCAGAAUUACCUCGCGUGUGGCAGUGACCCUGCGAACGCGGUCGACUUCUUCAGUCUCAAUGCUUACGAAUGGUGCGGCGAGCAGACCUUCAAAAGCAGUGGCUACGUUAAUCUCCAGGCUAUGGCCCAAGGCUAUAACAUCCCAAUCUUCUUCUCUGAAGUCGGCUGCAAUACUGUCAAGCCGCGCACAUUCGGCGACCAGUCCGCUAUUCUCGGUCCGGACAUGUACGACACCUGGUCGGGCACCAUGAUCUACGAGUGGAUCGAGGAGACCAACGAUUAUGGUUUGAUUUCCUACGGCCCACCCGCGCCGACCGGUGGCACCAACGUCGUCGAUGGCUACACGCGCCGCGGCACUCCGACCCCGGUGCAGCCCGAUUUCAACAACCUCAAGUCUCAGUGGCAGACACUUUCUCCAACCGGCGUCGCCCUCAGCGCUUACACCCCGUCGUUGUCUCCUCCUGCAUGCCCUUCGUUCACCGCCGGCUCUUGGCUGGUUAGCGGCGAUGUGCCGCUGCCUACACUCGGCCAGGUUUUCCUGAACCAGGCUGGUGAACGUCCCAUCACCACGAGUGGAACAGGCAGUACCGCGACCACGUCGCCGAAAUCCGGCACGGGGUCCAGCUCAGGACUUACCACUUCAAAGACUUCGGGUAGCAUGGGUACCACCGGCGCCGCUGCAGCCACAACGACUCCAUCGACAGGAGGUGCCUCAAGUCGCAGCUCCGUUAUCAUUCCUGGAAGCUUUACCGCAGCCCUCGGAGGCCUGGUUGGUGCAUUUGUCUUUGGUGCGGCAGUGCUGUUGUAGAUGUUUCUGGCUAGCCACUCUGCUCCUUGCUUUGGAUGCAGGAUUUGCUUGCUUGUGGUUCCUUUCGAGCUUGAUCUUUGGCUUCGGCAGUCUGUCGUGUUCAAGCACAGGAAGCGCCAGGAUCAGGAGAGUCAUCUCGUCUUUCUAAUUCCGUUUUUCUUUUCUUGGAUCAUUCUUCGACCUGUGUGGUGACUGAAGGAUUAUAGACAUCUUGCAUGGUUUUGGGAUGGGAAGCACCUGUCAUGUACAUCAAGAGUGCUACGAAUAUACAUGCUUAUUACAAACCAACACGUUAAUU